AUGCGAUAUGACCAAAAUCGAAUGAAAAACGUGUCUCAAAUCAUAAACGACAAUAAUUCGGAUAUGAGUGAUUGGGGUGUUGGCACCAAUGGUGUCGCAAACGGAAAUGGAAAUAUUGGUGCAAGUUCGAAAAAUAAUGGAGCAAUAUUUUCACCGCCAUCUUCAAGAUAUGGUGGAGAAGAUGACGCUUCUUCAACAACUCAUUCAAGGUGAGAAAAAUGAUAGAUUUUUCACAUAGUUUCCAUAAAAAAAUGAAAAUAAAUAUUGAUUAUUUACACAGAUGGUGAUUUAUGGGAAAUUUGAAAAAUCAGAAUUUUGAGGGCGAAGGCAAUUCAAGAAAAAAUAAUUUCAAAUUGAAAAUCAUGAAAAAUUUAGUCUAGAACUUGAAAUUUUUAAUUACACUUGUUAAUUAAAUUCUGGAAAACUAUUGAAAUUUAAAUUUUACUUAGAAAUUCUUAAAAAUAUCACGUUCAAACCAGAAAAAAAACCAGAUUUCCUGUUUUGAAUCCCAGAAAAAAAAUCAUUCCCCAAUCUGUUUUCGGGACUCAAAAACCUUCAGAAAUCCUCCAAAUUUUAUUUUAUGUUCUCCAAGCCUGAAAUUCAGGUUCUAGAAUAUUUUUUACUCGACAAUAUCAUUUUUUCGAGGCAUUUUAAGCUCUGAACUUUAAAUUUGAUGAAUUCAAGCCAAAUUUAAGGUCCUAAAGUCAUUUUUCUUUUAAAAUCCCCCAAAACCCCUUAUUUUCAGACCCCGCCGAAGUCGCCUGGACAACGAUAUUCAACCACCGAUGCCAAUUCUCUACCCACGCCCACAACAACAUUCCACCCGUAAACUUCCCAAAAACAACGGUGUUCCACGUGGAAUCGAUCCAAAUAUGGUAAAUGGAAGGAGAUCUGCUGGAAAUCAUGGAUCACAUAAUGCAACUUUCAAUGGAUAUGAUUUGAAUUAUUCAAGAAGUAAUUAUAGUCUUCUAGGAAGAUCGUAUGCUAAAGAUUAUUCAAAAAGAUCUGGGGGAGGUCAGAUUUUGGCUCCCCGAAGGCCGAGAUCUACUCUAGGAGCUGGACUGAAUUAUGAAAGUUAUUCGACGUCUGGAGAAGAGCCAGCUGAAGAAAAUCUAGAGGAAGAUGGAUCUGAAGGAGAAUCUGAGGGAUCUGAAGAGGAGGAACUUCGAAAAUACUACCUCCAGGCUCAGAGAGCACAAGGAUCGCGGAGUGUAAAUUCAGCCUCGCAGGCAUUUUUCGAUGGUGGUGAAGCCUAUUAUUUUGGAGUUGUUCAUUUGGAUUUGGAACUCGUUGCUCAUGUUAUAAAAACGUGUCCGCCACCCAAUGAAUAUUAUGAAUUGCAAGCUAUCGAGAAAGUCGCUUAUAUUUUUUAUUGUGCAGUUUACAAGAAACCAUAUCAUAAUAUACAGGAAUUUCACAAGGUUUUUAAUCGCGAGUUUUAUAAAUUUGUUUGUGCGGGAGAUAGCAAUGAUUUGGCGUUGUUCAAGGUGAGAUUUGGUGGGGAAUUUGAAAAUUUUGAAUUUUUCUAGCUAAAAAUCAAGAUUUUCGGGGAAAUUUAAAAAAAUAGGGUCUUCGAAACCUUGAAAUCCUUGUACAAAAUCAGUAACUUCAGGAAAAUUUUUCUGAAAAUCCAAUUCAGCCUGAAAAUUGAAAAGUUCUGGAAUUUUUUGGUCUGAAUCUAGCUAAAAAUCCGAAAUUUUGAGCCUAGAAAUUCUCAAAAAUGAUUGAUUUUUUCCUUGAAAAUUUGUGAAAUUCUGAAUUUUAAGCCUGAUUCAAGGCCUAAUUUUAAGCCUAGAUCAAGAAAGCCUUAUUUCGAGCCUGACAAUCCACAAAUUCCAUUCCAGAUCUGCAAAUCAAUGCAAGACCAACAUCGUCUGAAACAACUCGAAGAGUCCAAAAAAGCCUAUGAAAAAGCUCAAAAAGAAGCCGCCGAAACCGCAAAAUUGGAUUUCAAUAAAUAUAAAGGAGAAAUCAGUGAUGAGCAUCAUGUGGAAAUAAAUCAACCAGAAGAAGUGCUCAAUUUCGGACCACUCAAAUUCCAUUCCGGACAUGUUUUUGCGAAUUUCGGAAUUGGCGGGAAAAUGGUGAUUAUUCGACCGGCUGGAAGUAUUGAUCCAACAAAUGGACAAGUUUUUAGCACCGCGAAUAUUGGAGUGGAAGAUUUGAGAACGUUUUUGGCGAAAGAUGAACAAACGAUGAGGGUUAUUGAAUUGGUGCAGAGUUUUAAAGGUCCCUUGAUUCCUGGCCAAACUCCCACACAUUCAGUUCGUCUUUAUAUUCAACGACAAAUUGAUGCGCUUCGAAAUGUGGAAAAAAGUGGAGAUGUGAAAAAAUCGGAAAUUGUUGAUGCACUUUUGGUUUGGCAAUUGUUGGAAAUUAUGGUUCAACAGCACGGGGUCAGUUGGAUUUUUGGGUGGAUUUUGAUCCAGAAAUUGCUCAUUUUCCCUCUACAAAACCCCUAAAUGCAAUGUUUUUCAGCGAGUUACUGGACCCGAUGUUGCAACUUUGUUGACAAAUGCAUCGGAAGAAUUGGCGGAAAAAACUGGAGUUUCAGAAAGUUUGGAGAAUUCUGCGAAUUCGAACACUUCGAAAUUGGAAGCGAAGGAGAAAUUUAACAAAUUUUUGCUUGGCGGACAUGUUAAUGUGAGAAAAAUGGGGUGAAAACUGGGAUUUUUGGUGAAUUUCGAACUGAAAAAUCACCGGAAAAUGAUAAUUUUUAAUCUGAAAAACCAUUCAAAAUCAGCUAAAAUUCCUGAAAAUCAUCUGUAAAUGAUAAUUUUCCACCUGAAAUUCAAAAAAUGUUCCAGGAAGCCAUCGAAAGUGCAAUUUCUGAUGGAUUAUACGCUGACGCAAUGACCCUAAUUCGACGUAUUUAUCCAAAUGAUACCAAGAAAAUUGAGGAAAUUGAGACGCGUUUCUUGCAUUUGAGAUCGAUUGAUGAUCCAUAUGCCACGUUGGUGGCUGUUGCACAAGAUCAACCACCUCCGAUUUUGGUGAGUGGUUUUGAGGAGGAUUUGGGGAAAAUGGGGUAGAAUUUGAGAUUUUUGAGACCAAAUAAACAAAUUUCGAUGGAAUUCGGAGCGUUUUGAUAUCUCAUAAGCCUAUAAUUAAGAAUUUAAUUAGUGAAUUUUCAUUAAAUUUACACAUUUUGUUUUUCCAGUGCCUUAAUUCAGUUGAAGCUUCAAUAAUUAUUGAUUUUUUGAUACUAAACAAGUCUGGAAAGAAAAAAAAAUCUGAAAACUUUCAAAUUAUCCGAAAAUUGCUCAUUUUUCUUCCCAAAUUUCCAAUAUUUCCAGACGAAUUCGGCAUUCGACGAUGAUAAUAACUGGAAACGCCACGCAGCUAUAAUUCUAGCAAAUUUAUCAAGUCCAACAGCAAUGCAAACAGUUUAUCAUUUGGGAUUAAUGUUAUCGAAAAGAGAACGACACUGCGCGGCUGAUUUUUGCCUUUUGGUUGUGUGUAUUUUGGCUGGAUAUGAUCCGUUUUUACCAUUGGGAUAUGCGUGAGUUUUUAUGGAUUUUGAGCUAGAAUUUGUACGUUUCAAGGAUUUUUCAAGGCUAGAAAUUGUGAAAAGUCAUUGGUUUUUUAUAUGUUUGACAAAUUUUUUUUCAAAAACGCUGAGAAAAAAACAGAAAAUUUUUGAUUGUUGGUGAAUUUGGAGCUGAACUUUAUUGGAAAUUUUUAGCUCAUAAAUUUACUGCUUGAAAUAUGCUGAAAAAUAAGUUGUUCACUUUAAAUUAGCGUUAACGUUGAAAUUAUGAGCUAAAAUUAUUUCCACUGAAAAUUAUGAAAAAAUCCGAUUUCUGACCUGAAUUUCGAAAUUUUCAAGGUUUUUUGGUGUGGGAAAUUUAUUCACAAAAUUUUUAAACAAUAUUUUUUCUUUCUUUAGAAAAAAUAUAUUAUUUUAUCAAAAAUUAAUGUUUUUAUACCAAAAUUUACCAAAUUCCUUUGAAAAUUCUUAAAAUUCCCCAUUUUUUCAGAGAUGGCGAAGAAAAAUCACGAAAACACAUUGGCCUCAUUCACUCUGGUUCUCAUAUUCUCAACAAAAUUGACGGAUUAUCUGGAAUUGCCGGCUUCUCAUUCACUGAUUUACACGCCACCGAUAUUUUCGAUUUUGCACUUCGACUUUCGAAUCCAACUUCAGAAACUCCUCUCGCAAAAUCCAAAGAGUAUCAAACAAAUCGCCUAGAAUACAUUAAGAAAAUUGCGAAUUAUGGGGGAUUUGCGACUGAUGCAUUUAGAUAUUGUACAGAGGUUGCGAGAUCGAUUUGGCCGCAUUUGGGAGCUGCGAUUUUUGAGACGGAAUAUUUGGAGGAACUCGCGGAAUUGGCGGAGAAUUUGAAAUAUUUAUCUGCAAGUCCAAUUGGGGAAACCGAAUGGAUUCAAAGUUUGAGAGCUAUGAUUGGAGCUGGAAAUUUGGUUGGAAGUGCUGAAAAUGUCACUGGAAGUGAAAUUCAAGCUGAAAAUCAUUCCCAGGCUCAAGCUCCAGAAAAUUCACAUGUCCAAGCUCAGACACAAAAUCUAGCUGGAAAUAUUCCUCAAACUGAAAUUACACCGGGAAAUCUUGCUCAACUUCAAAACCAUGCUGGAAAUCAUAUCCCAUCUCAAAAUCAAAAUUCCCAACCUCAAAAACCGGCUGAAAUUCCACCUCUACCCAAAGCCCAGUCAAAUUUCCAAUCUGAAGCUGAAAAUUGGCAUCAGGACCGUCAAACACCGAUCGAUUUUGCACCCGCCAAAUUCCAACAACCCGACGAUUUUUCUAGCGAUUCAGCAACUUUGGAAGAGGAUUCGGUGACUCUCACCGAAUCUACAGAAACUUCACUGGUUUCUGCUCCACCGGCUCCACCAAAAAUUGCACCAAUUCCUCCACCAGCUAUCGUUCGCCCGCCAAUUGAAAUUCCUGCGCCAAAACCACCCCAGCCAACAUUGGAAGCCAAAUCGCCGCGCAGUGAAUUGGAGGAUUUGUGGGCACAAGCUCCGCCGGCAGUUGCACCAAAAAUUGCACCAAGAGUUGCGCCAAGUCAUCAAGCACCACCACAGGAGCAAAAACAACAAAAACCGGAGCCAAGAAGAGAGAAGAUUGGAGAGGAGGUAAGGGUUUUCGGGAUGAAAAUUUGAAAAUUUUGAAGUUUAGAUCUUCAUAAAUCUUAAAAUUAGCAUUUUUGAGCUGAAAAUGAACUUGAGAAACAUUUCAAAGUUUUAUUAUGAUUUUUGAGCUGAAUAUGAGCUCAUGAUAGAAAUUUUGAUCAAAAUUUAUCUUUAGGCGUGUUUUUCAGCUUUAAAUUAUACUGAAAAUGAAGAUUUUUAAGGAUUUUGGGUGGUUCGGGGAUGAAAAUCUGGAAAUUUCAAAUUUCAACUCAAAAUUGAAGUUUACACAUUCAUAAACCUUCAAAAAAUUAGCAUUUUUGAGCUGAAAAUAAACUUGGGAAACAUUUUCGAAUUUUGAUUUUGGGCUAAAAAUGAGCUCAUGAAAUUCCCCAAAUUAUACUGGAAAUUGAAAUUUUGAGCUGAACACUUUCAGCUUAAAGUUAGGCUUAAAAUUUAGCUCAAAAUUCAAUUUCUGAUCUGAAAAUUAGGAUUUUCUAGGAAUUUUUAUUUUACAAGCAAGAUUUUUGAACUUAAAAUUCAAAUCAGAAAAAAAACAUUUCACGAAAAAAACCUGGAAUUUUUACAUAUCUCAUUUUCUAGCCUAAAUCUUCCAAAUUCCGUCAAAAAAUCUCUAAUUUUUCCAGAAAUCCGCGCCUUCGCUUGGAAAUGAUCGAAAAUCGUCAAGUUGCCGUGGAUGGUUUGGUUCAAUUCGAGAAAAAGUCAUCAAAUCAAUUCCCUCGAACAAUGCAAUGAUUUUACCGGAUGAUUCAAAACCUGCUAUAACUUGGGAUCCGAUAUCGAAAAAAUAUAUUGGAGCUGGAGUUGAAGAAGAAGUUGUUGCACCACCACCGCCAGCUAUGAAUAUGGAAAUCGCACCAAAUUUGGCCACGAAUCCAACAAUUUCGACGAAUUCCAGUACAAAUAGCUUGAGAAGAGGUGGAGCGUCGAGAUAUUUGAAAGCGACUGGAAUUGCGACAAGUUCGAAUUCGGCUGCUGGAGCUGCGAAUUUGGCGGCGCCUGAUAUGAUGAUGGCAAUGAUGCCACCAACUGCGGCACCCAAUUUUGGAUUUAUACCAGCUGUGCCAAGUGAUGAAUCGGAUGGUGAGUAAGGGAGGGAUUUGGAGCAUUUUGAGUGUAAAUAUGACUAUUUUUGGAGGUUUUCAAAGGAACAUACAGUAAUCCUGAGAUUUUUUAAUGAAAAUUGACGAAAUUUGAAGGUUUUUAAAGGGACAUACAGUAGUUCUGAGAUUUUUCAAUGAAAAUUAAGAGAAUUGCUUAUUCUAAACCUACUUACAGUAUUUUUAGAAGUAUUAUUCGGUUUUUGAUCUCGAAAUGUUCAGCUCACCGUAUUUUUUGAAUUUCAAAGGAACAUACAGUAAUCCUACUACAGUAAUCCUGAUUUUUUUACCUGAAUUUUUUUCGGAUUAGGGCUCGUUUUGAAGCUAUUGAAAUUCUUUACGAAAUGAGCCCAAAUUUUAUUUUUGAAAAGUUUUGAAUUUUGUAUGAAAAUCCCGAAAAUUAAAGAUUUUCGGCUGAAGAAAAUUUCAUCAUAAAUUUUAUUUAUGCUCAUUUAGAGCCCAAAUGUCAUUUUCAAAAAUUCUAAAUUUUUUGCUGAAAAUCCCGGCUGAAAAAAGUACUUUAAUAAUUUUCCUAAUUUUUGCAGAAGCCUCAAAUAUUGAUCCAUUCAGUGCUCAAACCGAAACGACAACGAAUCAGGCGAAUAAUUAG